GAUCCCGAUAGUCCUCAUGGUAAAAGCCAAGAAGAGAAGAAGGCGGGGUUGAGUCGUCCCAGAAAAGACCAUGCUUUAUCAAAAUCCGAACCUCAUCUUGUCUUGAAAGUCGAUGAGAGACAAAGACUUGCCCGGGAGCGCCGAGAGGAGCAGGAGAAAAUCAUGGCUGCACGAGAGCAUCUAUGGUUAGAGAAAGAAAUUAAAGCACGGCAGCACUAUGAGAAGCAUAUGGAGGAACGCAGGAAAAAACUAGAGGAACAGAGGCUCAAAGAGGAAAGAAGGCGCGCUGCUGUGGAUGAGAAGCGGAGACAGAAACUGGAAGAAGAAAAAGAACGCCAUGAAGCAGUAGUGAGACGUACAAUGCAAAGGAGUCAGAAGCCAAAACAGAAGAAUAACAGAUGGUCUUGGGGAGGCUCUCUGCACAGCAACCAAAGUAUAAGUAGCUCAGAUCCAGACAGGAGGUCAGUUUCAACAAUGAACCUUUCGAAACAUGUUGAUCCAGUUAUUAACAAGCGACUUUCCACCUCAUCUGCAACAUUACUUAAUUCUCCAGACAGAGGUCGGCGACCACAGCUUAGCCCAUGGGAGUCCAGUGUGGUGUCAAGACUGCUGACACCAACACACUCGUACUUGGCUAGGAGUAAAAGCACAGCUGCUCUGUCUGGAGAUGCAGUUAUCCCCAUUUGUCCUCGUUCAGCAUCUUGCAGCCCCAUAAGCCCUCAGGCACAAAAGACUCCAACAAUUAAAAGUUCAGAGAGACCCAAGACUUUCUUUACAACUCCAGAGGCUGCAGCUAGGCGGCGAACCACACACAUUGCAGGAUUCGUCAUUGGACAGAAAAAAAAAACACGAGAGGAUGAAAAGGAAAAUAAAUUACUAAUACCUACUUCCAUUGUCAAGAGAACCCAUUCUCCUAGUAUCCCAAGAGCAAAAUCACUAGCAACUCUGUCUGGAGGACAUCAGCAGAAGUCAUCGGUCACUUAUUCUAGUACAGCUAAGCCAGCACCAUCCCUAUCUAAUAGUUCCAAAGUGGUAACUAACCCUCAGCGCCCACCAUCACCUGGAAAUGUCCGACCAGUAAAAAAGGAAAGCAAAAAAAAGACUGAAAACAAACAGGCUGAGGUCACAGUUAAGGAAAACACAGAGCCUAAAGAUUCUUUACCAGCAGAUGUAGAGAAAAGCAAGGAAGAAAAGCCUCGCAGCCCGAGUCCUGUUACAAACGAAACUCUACAAGUGUUGCCAUCUACACCAGUCACACCAUCACCUACAGUGUCUAAUAAGCCAUUUGCUGGGACCAAUAACCCAGAAGAAGCAACCAGAAUCCUUGCAGAAAAAAGGAGACUUGCUCGAGAACAACGGGAGCGAGAAGACGAGGAAAAGAGGGAAAAAGAGGAGGAAGAACGGAAAAAGAAGGAGGAAUUGGCUCGGCGGAAAGCUGAGGAGAGAGCUAAACGAGAAGAGGAGGCACGACAGCAGGAAGAAGAAAGAAAACUGAAGGAGGAAAAGGAGCUCCAGGAAAGGGAAAAGGUUCUUAAACAGCAGGCAGAGGAGAGAGAACUGAGGGAACGCGAGGAAGCAGAGCGUCUGCAGAAACAAAAAAAAGAAGCAGAUCGUAUAAGAUUAGAACGUGAGAAACAUUUCCAAAAAGAGGAACAAGAACGCUCUGAGAGGAAGAAGCGACUGGAGGAGAUCAUGAAGCGAACGAGGCGCAGUGAACCUGGGGAUAAGCAAUCCACUGUUCAAAGAAAUGGGGAAAUACCAAAAACAAUAGAGAAUACAGCCAUUACAUCAUCAUCUUCACCAGAGGAACAAGAACCUGUGUUCCUCCAGAGUACAGAAGAAACUCCCCGCAAUGGAGAAUCAUUGACCUCCUCCCCAAGGAUUAUUACAUUUCAACAGACUUUACCUGUUGACAGCACAGAGAAGCAACCAAAUGAAAAUGGGUUAUGUACACCAAACAACAACUUUGAAGAGAUCAUCAAUUUGCCUGUUGGAACUAAACCAAUCAAACUUGAUGCUCUAAAUAAUGAAGGGAACAGUAUUGAGGGCCUUCCUCUGAAUCCAAUUAUAGCUUUUGAAGUUGAUAAUGUGCAAACGCCACAAACAGCA